AUGAUUUUCAUGUACAUGGUAAUGACAUUUCUGGCUCCAGUGAUCUUAGCAACAGAGAUAUUGACAUGUGAUAUAACUCAGUGUGAUAAAGAAUGUCAGUGUUAUGCAGCACCUGGAGAACCUCUGAUAUUUUACCUUCCAGUUCAUGCACAGAUUAAGUUGAAAAAAAAUAAAACUACACUUUUUAAGUGUGUAAACGCAUGUAAGGAAGAAAAUUCAAAGUACAUUAAAUCCUGCAAAUUCGUCGUAAAUGGAACACUGAAGUGUGAGAACACCAUAGAGAAAGACUCUGGAGUUUAUCUGCUGGAGCUAUAUGAUGAGAAGGGUAAAAACAUCAAGCAAGUCAACAUCAAUCUUCAGAUCAUAGCUCCAGUUUCACAACCUGCCAUGUUUCAKAAAUGUUUGUCACCAGAGCAGAGGACAGUCAGCUGCUCAGCAGAGGGAGAACACACACAGUUCUCUUUUUCUCUGGAUUAUAAUCCGUYACUACACACUAAACCUGBCAGUGGAAAUAAUGGAAGCAUCACCAUCAGUUUAAAUGGUCGACUGGAAGGAAACCUGGAGUGUAAAGUUCAGAACAAGGUCAGCAGUAAACAGAUCACCGUCCACCUUUCAAGUUGUGAAGAGGCUCAUUUUCCAGCUGUGAUCGUCUCAGCAAGUGCAGCCGUUCUGCUUCUUCUUUUGGUUUUUCUUGGCAUCAAACUGUUUAAACUGAAAAUAAGAAGAAGCCCCACAACCAUCACAGAAGGUGAUGCUGAGGAGGAAAUAGUUUACUCAGAUGUCAGAGUGACUCGGGAUGCCAGAAAGAGGGAUGGUUAG